UUAAUGUCAGUUUGGGUGAACUCAAGAAAUUGAAGUCUCUUGUUCUGUAUAAAUUAGAUUUCCAUCGUCUCAUUUUCACUUUCGGCAGUGACACAACAUCUAUAACUGAAUUAAAUUUGACCUAUCUGGGUGAAACAUUUAGAGUAUACCAUAAUCAAGUCUUAAAUUUGAUUACAACAUCACACUUAGUUAUCAUUGACCUAUCUGGAAAUUUAUUGUUUCACUAUUCAGACACUGCUCUAUGUAAACUAUUUAAUGGAGUCAGAACUGGCACAAUUUUUCUUAAAGAGAACUAUUUCAAAAUUCUCCCAAUUUGUAUGUUUCAAAACUUCUCUGCUUCUAUAAUAGAUUUAAGUCAAAACAGAAUUACUUACAUUCAACAAGGCUUGUUCAAAAAUGUACAAAACAAAAUUUUCCUUCUCAACUUAAUUGGGAAUGCCAUCACUUUAAUUGAUGGAACAGCCCUUGCUGAAAUUACAGAGAUAAGCAUUGAAAACAAUUUUAUUGAAUGUAACUGUGCGACCCGACCCUUUAUAAACUGGUUAAAACAAAGAAAGAACUUAUCUUGGACAUGGGUCACUCAUGACAGAUUUUGUUUUUCCUCCACUGGUUCAACAGAUGAUGAAUUAUUGAAAUUUGAAUUAACAUGGGUGCAAUGUAACACAGAAUCCUUUGUUAGAAUCAUUUCUCUUUCAAUUAGCAGUAUAAUUCUGGUUGGAAUAAUAACUGCUUCACUCUUGAAAUAUUUCUGGAGAGACAUCAAGUACAUGCAGAUGGUCAGAAAAGCAAAACGCCACAAUGGAUAUAUCCAAAUUGACAAUUUUGUGCAAGAUGAUGAAAUAUAUGAUGCUUUUAUCAGUUACCAUUCUGAGAAACGCAUAUGGGUACGUGACGUGAUGACGCCAGAACUGACUAAAGGGGAUGUUCAAUUCUCAUUGAUUCAUGAUGAUAACAUUAUACCAGGACAAGAGUCCUACUUUGGUGGACUAAUGUCCCACAUGGACCGUAGCCGCCACAUUAUAUUCCUGGUUACGCGAGGCUGGAUGAAGGAGGGAUGGAAUGAGUUUGAAAUGGACUCUGCUAUAGAUAUGCUCACCCAGACCAAACGACACACACUCAUAGUUAUUUUGAUGGAGCACAUACCACAAAAAGAGAUGUCACACAAGCUUAAACUGAUGGUAAGACACAAUGUCUGCCUGAAGUGGAGUGAAGAAGAAGGGAAGCAGCGAACAUUUUGGAGGGAUCUGAAACUGGAACUCGGCAAAAAGCGAUAUAAGUGAGGAUAUGUAUAGGAUAUCCUAUGAUUUUGAAGGAUAUCAUUUUCAUCCACAAGUUGAUAUCAAUGUCUGGAUUAAAAUGAUAUCACGAAAAUUUAUAGCAUGUUCUAUUUAUCCCAUAGUUGACUAAUAAAACUAAACCAAGCAUUUCAAAAUAAUAUUCAUCCUGUGACGACAAGAAAGCACAAUGCAACAAUACACGUCACAUUGGCGGGAGUUUUCAAAUCUGCGGAAAGAAUUGAGAUCUAAAAUUUGUAUGUAUCUAUAUUUAUACAUAUUGUAAAUUGGAAGACCAGUUUUGUACUGAUAGAGCUACCUAGAAUAAAUAUAGUUUUCAAAUCAAAUCAAAUCAAAUGAAAUAUGUGGAAUUCUCUCAGUAUUCCACAGAUAUUGCUUUUUU